CUCGCUCUCGCUCCCUCCCCCGCUCUCUCCCUCCCUCCCCGGCACUGCAGCAUUCGCCGACUGCAGCUCCAGCCGCCGCCCGCGCCUCUCCGGCCUCCGCAGCCCCCGCCAGCACCAUGGCCAGCACCGUGUCCGCCUACAAGGAGAAGAUGAAGGAGCUGUCCGUGCUGUCGCUCAUCUGCUCCUGCUUCUACUCACAGCCGCACCCCAACACCGUCUACCAGUACGGGGACAUGGAGGUGAAGCAGCUGGACAAGAGGGCCUCCGGGCAGAGCUUCGAGGUCAUCCUCAAGUCCCCGUCCGACCUGUCCCCGGAGAGCCCUGUGCUCUCCUCUCCCCCCAAGAGGAAGGACGCCUCCCUGGAGGAGCUGCAGAAGCGGCUGGAGGCCGCUGAGGAGCGAAGGAAGACGCAGGAGGCGCAGGUGCUGAAGCAGCUGGCGGAGCGGCGCGAGCACGAGCGCGAGGUGCUGCACAAGGCGCUAGAGGAGAACAACAACUUCAGCCGCCUGGCGGAGGAAAAGCUCAACUACAAGAUGGAGCUCAGCAAGGAGAUCCGCGAGGCGCACCUGGCGGCGCUGCGCGAGCGGCUGCGCGAGAAGGAGCUGCACGCGGCCGAGGUGCGCAGGAACAAGGAGCAGCGGGAGGAGAUGUCCGGCUAAGGGGCUUUGGACACGGCGGCGCCUGGAUCCGGAGCCGAGACAAGAACACGUUCGGGUUUUGGUUUUGUUUUGUUCAACUGUCUAGAUGCAACUUUCGUUCCCCCUGCCCCCUCCUCCCGCUCUCCCAGCUUCAUGCUUCUCUUUCCGCACCCGGAGCCGUCCAGUCCUGUGGCAGGCGCUGACCCGGGCUCCCCCCGGGGAGGCCGCAGGGCGUGGCGCAGGGUCCCUCAGUUCAGGCACCCGGCCGGGGGGUGGCUGGGUCCCCUCUCGGCAGCCCUCCUAGUGGAUUGGUGGUGACCUCAGUAAGUCCAGGGGUGGUGGCAGGAACGCGUGGGUGCUCAUGCUGGGUUGUCCUGGGAGCACCUUCUCCCUCAGAGCACAUCGAGCACAGGCAAGGCUCUGCGCAAGUCCUCCCUGCGGAGGGGUCAGCACACGGCGGGGGAGGGGAGGGGGAGAGCCGG